AUGACUUCGUCCAACGCUGCCGCGCCCGACCUUGGUGGCAGUCGCAGUCGCAGUCGCAGUCGCAGUCACAGUCACAGUCACAGCCGUAGCAUGCCAUCACCACUGCUGCCAGCUACUACCGGAACUCUUCCGCCGCCUGCUCCCGCUACCGCUGCCACUGCCGCCACCGCUGCCGCCACCGACCCCGAUGGUACUUUUGCCCACGCCAGUGCCCAUGCGAAUGCGAAUGCGCCGAUGCCAGGUCUACACCCAGACAUAGACACUGAGAAGAAUGCGAGCGCUCUACCCCAACCUCAGCCUAACCACUACGACCACCAGAGCCAGCCUCCAGCCCACGGCGCUCUCAAUGACUAUCACGACAUGCCCUCGCCUCCGACCGUUUCUCCUCUGUCCACCCCGGCCGCAACACACUUCAAUGUCGAUGACAUGCCCGCCGACGACGAUAUCCCCGACGCGCCCACCCAGUUAGCCGCCACUGUCUACGCUGCUCUCUCGCAACCUUACUCCCAGAGUCCUCGAGCAGCCACAGCGCUGACGGACGCAUAUAGCAUGGAUUUUCACUCUGCUCCCGCUGGCAUGUCCACUAUGCAUCUGGGCGAGCCGUUCAUGCCCGAACAAGUCAACUAUCGGUUGCGCGAUCAGGUUCAAGCCAUUGCGACAACCGACCCCAAUCCCAGCAGCAUGGAGUACGCGUCCCGCAAUAGCCUCGCCAAUGCCUACAUGAUGAAUCUGGCUGCUCAGGCUACCAUAUUCCACUCCCAGGGGCCCUCGAUCGUUGCUCCCUCCGAUGUCUCGUUGACCUCGUUCACUCAAGGUAGCGACGCUCUGACUGCAAGCGCUGACCCAACCUCUGCCAGCGCUAGCCAGAAGCUGGAAUCGUUCGCGCGCAUAGAGUUCGCCGACAGUGUUUUUCAGAUGACUACAUAUGCUGUCAUACUCGGUCGCGACCAAAGGGCCAUGCAACAAGCGAGAAUCGAUGAGAAGCGGGAUGCCGCCUACAGACGGAGAUGCGAGGAGAAUGAGAAGAUCGGGCUACCGCCACCUACCCCCCUCAACUUGGACCGAAGCAAGUUUAGUAAAUCCUACGUCAGUGAGGAAGGAGGUAUGCUUGGGCCUGCGUGCUCUGAUGGAGAAGAUGAUGCUCGACCACCCCGGAAGCGUCGCCCUAGCUCGGCGAAGCAAUCCUCCAAUGGUGAUGGCGAUUCUCAGGGUGAGCAUGUCAAGUCAAAUCGGCAGUACGUCUCUCAUACACAGGGAGCUGCCGCUGUCGACCUUGGAAAUCUACAGCCGUCAACGAUUCACACCGCCUUCGUUCCUAUACAUUCCCCGGGCCCCGAUAUUGCAAGCAGAACUCGUGGUAUAUCUAGGCUGCACCUCAAAAUUCAAUUCGACAAGGAACGGGGUGUUUUUGAAGGUGUUGCAUUGCACAAGAAUGGUUUUUUCUGCGAAGACGCACAUUAUCGGCUAGAUGAGCCUGUGACUCUGAGAAGCGGGGACCGGCUUCAGAUCAAGGACGUCGAAUUCAGAUUCAUAGUCAGCGGUGUCCAAACCGGAAAGACCGGUGGUGAGGAGGAAGAAGAAGUGUCCUCGAGCAAGCGGAUGUCCGUCGGUGGCCAAGAGAUGAGUCUCGACUUUGAGCACUCGGAUCAUGAAAAGUUCCAAGACACAAGUGAGGACUUGUCUGAGGUCGAAGAUGUGCCAAUCCCGGCUAUGCAGUCGGAUGAGGGCGAAGACAAUAACGAAGUCGCUGAUGAGUCUGAUCCCGGGGAAGAUCUCGAAGAACUCCCCGGAGAGGUACAACAGCCGGUCGACGUUGUUCCGACUACAGAGAUGAAGACAGAGGUUUACCCAGAGAUGCACAAUGGGUUGCCAGAGAUGCAGAACGGGUUGCCAGAGAGGCACAAUGGUUUGCCCUCCGAGUUCGCUACACCCGAAAUACCCAAGCGGCGUGGACCGGGACGUCCGCCUAAAGAUGGCAUCAUGUCCAAGAGAAAGCGUCGUCUGCUCAAGAAGCAGGAGCAAGAGACCUCCAGGAAAACCCUGCCUCCGCAAGACCCGCAGAGCCAGGGCGAGGAGAAGAUCAAGCGGCCGGUUGGUCGUCCUCGAAAGAAUCCGCUACCUGAGGAUGGAGAAAGACAGGAGAAGCGGAAAUACAACAAACGCAAACGAGAAGAUGGUGAAGAAGGAUCCGAUGGCGAGAAGCGAGCCAAAGAGAAGAAGGAUAAAAAAGUACGGCCGAAGUCGCCCCCUCUAGAACUUCGGCAGGAGGACUUCACGGAGGAACAACUUCAGAAGCCCAGCAAGAAUUACGGUGCGCUCAUCGACGAGGCUCUCACCAACGGGCCUCCUGAUGGUUUGACCUUGAAACAGAUCUAUAAAAGGAUCAUGGCCAAGUACCCAUGGUUCUACUUCUUCUCGGGGACGAAGGGAUGGGAAAGCAGUGUUCGGCACAAUCUCAUCGGGAACGAGGGCUUCAAAAAAGCUGAAGGCACAGGGCAAUGGAUUCGUGUUCCUGGAGUUGAACUUGAUGCGGGCAAGAAGCGCAAGGCAAGCUCGCCGGACCGACCAGUCGGACUGCAUGGAGCACCUCAUCUUCAUUCGCACCUGUCGCAGCCGCACUAUUACCAGAAUGGCUCAUAUGGGCCUAACAACGCCAAUCUCCCCAACCUCCUCUCAGGUUUCAUGGCCGAUAACAGACAGCAGCAGGGAGGAUACCCAAGUCCUGUUGCUCAAAGUGCCCAGUCCCUUGCGGUACCCGCACAGCCGGUAGCUCAGCAAGUGUACUCGGCACAAGCUCCAGCACCAGCGCAACUACCCCCAGGAUAUGGGGCAUCAGCGCUCCCGCGGCCACCGAGUUUGGCACAACAAAGCACUUACAGCUCGCCGUACGCGAGACCGCCCCCGGCGCCUAAUCCGCAGAUCAAGUCGGAGGAUGCUCCUGCAUCCAAUCCACCUGUCCUCCCGGCAGCACCAGCGCAACAGACCACGAGCCAGAAUAUGGCACAACAGCAACAACAUCAGCAGUCGACACAAGCCGUAUCAAAUACAUUGCCUCCACAGCAGUCCCUGCCAGAGAUUGAAGCGGCCAUCCAUCAGUUCAGAACGAACACAGUCCUUGCGCUAUCGAACAAAACGAGCGAAGCUACGCAGAUUGUUGAAUGCGCAAUCCGCCGUGCCAGGGGUCUGCCCAUACAGUAUUCUGUGCCGCCCAUUUGGCGAGACUUGGAGUUAAAACUCAGCCAGUUGGCACAGAACAUGAUCAAGGAGGUGCAGAGCAAAAAGAGGAGCGCCCCAUCUGCUUCUCCAGCUCCAGUGGCAGCUGUUGCUGCCACGUCAACUCCUGGUCCAGGUCCAGGUGCUACUGUCGCUGCCACGUCAACUCCCGGUCCAGUUGUAAAUGUUUCCGCAACAUCAGCUCCCAUGCCUGCUGAAACAGCGGCUGCAAGUUCAACUUCAAACCCAGCUGCUACAGCGGUUGCUGCCACUUCAACACCGACUCCAGCUGUUGCAAGUGCUGGUGCAAAAUCGACUCCCACCCCAAGCCCUGCACCAGGAAUCACGCUAGAAGCCGUCAUUCAGCACCGGAUCAAGAGCUUCAAGAAUUCCAUGAUUGCUUCUCUCGGGCCAAGGACAGAUAAGGCAGAAAUCAUCGUGGAUUCAGCAAUUAACCGUGCACAAGGUCUUCCUCACACUGGCACAAUUCCGGGGUGGGAGGGAGCAGAUAAACUGAUAUUCAACUCCAUCACGGGGAUCAUGCGCGAGGCUCGCAUAGCCCAUGGUCAACCAGCACAGCAAGCUUCUCCAGCGCCCGCGACGCCUGCUCGACAAGGUCAGCCUCAGCAAACCGCGCAAAGCACGCAGUCUAUGCGACCUACGCAGCCACCGCAACCUGCUUCCCGACAAGCCCCUUCUGCAUCGCCGACCCCGGCUCAGCCACCAACACCCAUGACAGUAACCGCGCGAGUUGGUGAUGAGACACCCGCCACUGCUACUCGAGUGCCAGCAGCCCAGUCAGCUACGAUGGCCACUUCGAAGCCGACGCCGCCCUCGAUCCCUCGACCGGGUGUCUCGAUUCAGCGCCCACAGUCGAUGAGCAUGACCCGUCCUGCGGCAAACCCAAUUUUUCGCCCACCGAUCGUCCGCAAGGACUCUGCACCGACUAUGACUGCGCCCCCUGCCCCCCCUACGCCUUUGCACAACGUAUCGAGCCCGGCUCCGCCCAGUGCAGGUGUGGUCGGCCAGAUCUUUGCACCGACCAUGACUGCGCCCCUUGGACCCCCUGCGCCUAUACACAACGUAUCGAGCCCUGCUCCGCCUAGCGCAGGUGUGGUCGAUCAGAUUAUGGGCCAAAAGCGAUCUUUUGCCGACACACAUAGCACCAGCUAUUACCACAGCCUAUACGGCGGUAACGGCCAUGGCAAUGCGUCUAUCGACCAGGCAGAGCGGACAGUGAAGCCAGAGACGCCAGUACCCAAUGUAUCAAGUCCAGCACCUCCCAGUGCAGGCGUGGUCGACCAGAUAGCUGGUCAAAAGAGACCUUUGGAUUUAGCAUCUGCGAACGAUCAUGCCGAGCAGCCCGGAACUAAGAGGUUGGCUGUAGUUGCAGGGUUUGACCAGAUGGGUGGACACAAUCGGACAUCGAAUGUGGCCUCAAGUCACGACCAUGUCGAGCAGCCCGAGGCUCAGAAGCUGCCCAUUCCUCCGACAUGA